UGUCCGCCUCUCGCCGCCCGGUUGCCGUGGAGACGGCGGGUGCCCUGGCCCCGCCCCGCUCGGGCUGACAGCGGCGGCCGCAUCGCGCCUGCGCAGUGCUCUCGUUCACCCCCCCCCCCGCCCCCCCGCAGUCUCUGUGCGUUGAAGCCGGAGACCGCGGCGGCCUCUGCUAGGACCCUCCGCCCCGGAGCCUCCGGCCGGAGCCGCAGCCGCUGCCGCAGCGCCCCCGCCGCCCGUCCCCCUCCCCUGCCGCCUCCGCCGGAGCCGCCUCGCGCACUCUGGGGUAUGGCCGUCAAUGUGUACUCCACAUCUGUGACCAGUGAGAACCUGAGUCGCCAUGAUAUGCUUGCGUGGGUCAAUGACUCCCUGCACCUCAACUAUACAAAGAUAGAACAGCUCUGUUCAGGGGCAGCCUACUGCCAGUUCAUGGAUAUGCUCUUCCCUGGGUGUGUGCACUUGAGGAAGGUCAAGUUCCAGGCCAAGCUAGAACACGAGUACAUCCACAACUUCAAGGUGCUGCAAGCAGCGUUCAAGAAGAUGGGUGUCGAUAAAAUCAUUCCUGUAGAGAAAUUAGUAAAAGGAAAAUUCCAAGAUAAUUUUGAGUUUAUUCAGUGGUUUAAGAAAUUCUUUGACGCAAACUAUGAUGGAAAGGAUUACAACCCUCUGCUGGCGCGGCAGGGCCAGGACGUAGCGCCACCUCCUAACCCAGGUGAUCAGAUCUUCAACAAAUCCAAGAAACUCAUUGGCACAGCAGUUCCACAGAGGACGUCCCCCACAGGCCCCAAGAACAUGCAGACCUCUGGCCGACUCAGCAACGUGGCCCCACCCUGCAUCCUUCGGAAGAAUCCCCCAUCAGCCCGAAAUGGUGGUCAUGAGGCUGAUGCCCAGAUUCUCGAGCUCAACCAGCAACUGCUGGACUUGAAGCUGACGGUGGAUGGGCUGGAGAAAGAGCGAGACUUCUAUUUCAGCAAACUGCGUGACAUCGAGCUGAUCUGCCAGGAGCACGAAAGUGAAAACAGCCCCGUCAUCUCCGGCAUCAUUGGCAUUCUCUACGCCACUGAGGAGGGAUUUGCACCCCCUGAGGACGACGAGAUUGAAGAACACCAACCGGAAGACCAGGACGAGUACUGAAGGCAGCACAGCGCCAGCCCUGACUGACUGUGGCUUCCCCACCUCCUUCCCUCCACCCAGCCCACAUUAUAAGUCCUUUCCUGCCAGCCAGCCAGCCAGCCGGGUGCUUUGUGUCGGUGCCACAGCACUGGGGAGCCGGGCAAGCGGGUUCAGGAGGUGGGGGCUGGUGAGAGGACAAGGCCCUGUCGGGUCCCUCAAGUGGCACUGGCCCAGGGGACAUCCGGGACCCCUGUCCACUCCCCACUCCUAUUUAUUUCCGUUGUCUCUGUGCUGUGUUGGCCAACACUCUCCGGGGCGCUGCUGUCACCCACAGGCCAGCCACCCGCCCCUGACAGCCCGCAGCUGUGUAUUUGACAAAGUCACCGGUAUAUUUUUACUUACUGGAUGAUGUCCUUGCACUUUACCUGCUCCUGUCCAGGUCUGACAGCAGGGCUCGGGGCAGUCCCCUGGCUUGGCUCCCCUUCCCUAUAGCCGAGACUGGGGCAGGACUCACCAGUUCUUAUUUAUUUUGUCUUUUGACUUCUCUCGCAGUAGUUGGAGGGAAGGCUGAUGUGAGGAAGGGGUGGGGGGCUGGAGAGGCAGUGCUGUGAGUCCAGGGAUCAGGGAGAGAGAAGGGAGCAUGUGAGGGAUAGAACUGACUUCCUGGCACUGGGCUCGCCCACCCCAGGCCCCUGCCUCUGCACCGAAGCCCAGCACUGCCCCUAGGCUUCCUGUCCCCUCCCUCCUGCAGCCUGGUUAUACCACACAGACUCUGCCCGGCCCCCGUUUUCUGUCUGUCCCCCAUUCUCCCGCCUCCCGACCUUUGCCCCUUGGGCACUAGCCUGCAUAUGUGUUCACUUUUAUUUAAAUAAAUUUGUGUGGUAAAAGUC